CUGAAGACUCCCAGUAUUUCUCUCAGACUGCCAGGCAAGCACACAAUGACCAGAGAGCAUCCGACUCAGCAACAUGCUACAGUCUGGAUGUUUUAUAUGGAUAUUCUUCUCCUCAGUGGGAGUAAUUGCCGGCAGUGUGGGGAAUCUACCUCAUGUAAUAAAGUACCGAACAGUGAUACCUCAGAGGAUGAAAGACUCGUCCAGUAUUAAUGAUGCCACGUCUCAUAAGAAAUACCCUGAUGUACUCCAGUACUCCAUAACCAUUUCUGGGCAAAACUACACUCUGCACCUGGAAAAGAACAAAGGUCUUGUUGGAGAAAACUUCUCUGUGACACAUUAUUCGGAUCAGGGCACCCCAGUGACAACAACUCCCGACCUUGGGGUUCACUGUUACUACCACGGACACAUUGUGGGAGUAGAGGACUCCUCUGCCAGCAUUGGACUGUGUUCAGGAAUCAAAGGGUUUGUACGUCUCCAGGAUCAGACGUACCUGAUUGAGCCUCUUCCCGGCUCCGAGGACGGGCUGAAGGACUUCGAGCAUAGCUCUGAAGAUCACAGUGAUGAGGGUCUUCAUGCUGUUUACAACUACAAACACCUGAGGAGGAAGAGGAGCUCCUGUUCCCAUGGAAACACGACCACUUUCUAUGAUCAUGGAGCUCGUCCGUCUGGACUGUUCCAGCUUGGCAGCCUGAAAAGCAGAGCUCAGACCAAAGGCCAUGGAGGAAAACCAAGAACUGUGGAGCUGAUGGUGGUGGUUGACAACACGGAGUACAAGAAGUUUGGCAGCAAGAAGACAAUCGAGGCCAGAGCACUUGAAAUAGCAAACCACGUGGACAAGCUGUAUCGCCCGGUGGGUGUCCGCGUGAUGCUGGUUGGUCUGGACAUCUGGUCAUACAAAGAUCAGAUAGACGUCAGCUCCAAUCCUGAACACACCCUCAGUCGAUUCCUGCGGUGGCGUCAACGGACCCUGCUCCCAAGGACAAAGCAUGACAACGCUCAGUUCAUCACAGGUGUGGAUUUUGAUGGUCCCACCGUUGGAUUAGCAAACACCAAUGCGAUGUGUACCUCCAACUCUGGAGCCGUCAACGAGGACCAUAACACUAACUCAAUAGGAGUGGCCUCCACUAUUGCUCAUGAGAUGGGUCAUAACCUGGGUUUGUCCCAUGAUACUGAAUACUGCAUGUGCGGCUCCCUCACGUCAAAGAAAGGCUGCAUCAUGGCAGAGAGUGUUGGCAUUGUCUAUCCGGAGCUUUUCAGCAGCUGCAGUCAGCAGCAGCUCAGCAGGUUCUUGGAGGAGAUCAACCCUGCCUGUCUACUGGACGCCCCCUCCACUGAUCGUAUUUACGGAGGACCGGUGUGUGGAAAUGCCUUCCUGGAACCCGGGGAGGAGUGUGACUGCGGCACAGUGCAGGACUGCAAGAAUCCCUGCUGCAACGCCACCACCUGCAAACUGAACGCAGGAGCUCAGUGUGCAGAGGGGGAGUGCUGCCACAACUGCCAACUGAAAGCGACAGGCAGUGUCUGCCGACCAAAAGCAGGCGACUGUGACCUGGCAGAGUACUGCACUGGCUUCGCUGCCGCCUGUCCAACUGACGCCUACACCCAAAACGGCCUGCCAUGCAACCGUGGAAAAGGAUACUGCUACAAUGGGCAGUGUCCCUCACGAGAAGAACACUGCAAAAGACUUUGGGGACCUGAUGCUGAGGUCGGCGCAGAUGCUUGUUUCUACCAGCAUGGAAAGUGCAGAAAAUCACUUUUUGGCCUGAGAUGCUCCAGCCGAGAUCAGUCCUGUGGAACACUAUUCUGCUCCGGAGGAUGGGAGUUUCCAGUGACAUCCAGAAAAUCAUUCUACAAAAUAGGAAAUGGAGAGAUAUGCAAUGAGGCAACUAUGAACCCCGAAGAUAACUACCCUGCAAAUCUGGGCAUGGUACCUACUGGCACCAAGUGUGGAAACAACAUGGUUUGCUACAAUCAGCAAUGUCAAGACAUCAAAACAAUUAAUGCGUAUGGUACAAACGGAUGCUCUGCAAAGUGCAACAGCCGUGGGGUUUGCAACCAUGAAAAUAAGUGCCACUGUGAUCCCGGCUGGGCGCCGCCUUACUGUGAAUUCCAGCUGUCAGAACUGCCUGAAGAGUCCGGCCUGACUGUGUUCACCGUGUCAGUGGUGGUGGGCGUCGUUCUCCUUUUAGUCCUGGUCAUUGGGAGUUUGAUGUAUGUCAUCCAGAAAAGGCAUCCUAAGAAGAGAUGCUUUCCAUCUACCUCAGGACAGUUUAAUCCAUUGUUUCGGUCGAGCAGUACACGAGACAGCCCUCGUCUGAGGUCUACGCACAUUAGCCAGCCAACGUUUGUGGAGUCGUCGGCCACUCAGGCCUGCAAACCUUUGUUCUCUGCUGCUGUCAGACCGCAAGCAGGAGGACUAAGGCCCAGCAGAGCAGCUCCAGAGCCACCCAGGAAAGUGCCGUUUGUACCUCAACCAUCAAAGAUUCAACAGGCUGUAAGGCCGUUCAUGCAGCCACCAUCUCUUUCAAGGACGCCAAUUUAUACUGAGACAAAGCCACUACCUCCAUCUCGACCACUGCCACCACUUUCAGCUAAACCGAUAAUGAAGCCAAAGCCUCCGAUGCCUCCAGUGAAGCCGAAGCCCUCUGGUAUCCUGUCCUCACUACCGCACACUCAGCUGCUUGGAGGGAGAGCUGCUCUGAUGCCCCCCGGCAGGCCUAGAUGACAGAGGGAAUAGUUCACUCUGGAGUAAACACAGAUCCUCUGACAGAGGAUGCUGAUUUUGUCUGACCUAGAUGGACCAAGAAGAUCCUGACGGGAGACGUUUGUGUGGUCCAAAGUGGAAACCAGGCCCACUGGAGGAUCAGCAGCAUAAAAUGGUCAAGCUUUCCUGCCAUUUGUGGUCUCUGUGAGGAUUGCUACUGUCUGCGUCUUGCUUGAGAAGGCCUUCUGUAUGUUGAUGAAAACCUGAAGUCGUGAUCGACUGUCAGCUUCUCCGCUUUUUUGAAUGACAAAUGACUUUGCUGUCAUGAUAGUUUUUGAAGGGAAAUGUCUGCCUUGAUCCUGCAACAUGUGAACACUUUAUGAGGCGACUGCACUAUCAGUACUGUAACUGUUUUACUAACUGUUACUGUUCUCACGUUGUUUUGGUACUGCCUUUUAAAUAUAUAAUGUUUUUAAGGGAUUUUAUAAAAAAAAUGGCACCGAUAUUGGCACUUUACGAUUUAUCAUGUUAGGUCAUAUUUCAUAUUUUCUUGAAUUGUUUUGUACUAACCUGUUGUGCGUUUGUAUGCUUGACUUUGUGGAUCUGAUUCAUUACAUGCAGCUGUUAUUUUGGGGAGGGGGGAUUGCUCACUUGAUACAUGUUGAUUGUAAAUGUUCAAGGGAUUUUAUAAUGAUUCUUCUAUGCAGUAAUGAUCGCAGUGAUGAUUCAGCGCUUUGUCCUGCAAACUUUGAGAAUGUUCUUAUUUAUAUAGAUUUUCUUUUGAUGUGUUAACAUGGCGCUUUGAAUAAAGGUGAAUGAACACAA